AGUUACAAACUAAUUUUGUUGGCAUGUGGUAAAUCUCGUUUUUUAAACUCAACAUCAACUCAUUUGUUUUGUUAUUUUUUGUUAAGUUAUUAAUUGUAAAUGAUAAAUUAAUUAUCGAACAAAAAUGGGACGGCGAACUAACAAUCAAUUACCAACAAAUUUACCACAAUUACAGAAUUUGAUUAAAAGAGAUCCAGCUUCUUAUAAAGAAGAGUUUUUUCAACAAUUUAAUCAUUUCAAGGCCCUUCUUCAAGUUUUCCAGUUCAAUCCAGCCUUAUACGAGAAAAAUUUUGUUGAUUUGGUUUUGUUUAUAGCUCAAGUUAGCCAUUGCUAUCUUGAUAGCUUGAAAGAUUUUCCAAAUGAUUUGAUAAAUAUUUUGAAAAAUUAUGGUGGAUUGUUACAUCCAGAUGUCCGAGUCACUAUUUGCAAGGCUUUAAUUUUAUUGAGAAACAAAUCUUUACUUUCCCCAGCGGAUCUGUUACCUCACUUUAUUGACCUUUUCAGACAUCAAAAUAAGCAACUUCGAGAUUUCAUAAAAACUUAUAUUGUUACAGAUAUAAAAAAUAUGAAUAGUAAACAUCAUGACAUGAAACAAAAUUCGGCUUUGCAGAAUGUUUUAUUUACCUCUAUCAAAGAUAACAACUUGACCGUAGCUAAAGCAUCGUUGGACACAUUGAUCGAACUGUAUCAUAAAAAUAUCUGGAAGGAUGCUAAGUGUGUUAAUGUUAUUGCAAACUGCUGUUUCUCAAAGCACGCUAAAAUGCUUGUUGCUGCUCAAAAAUUUUUCCUCGGUACCGAAGAAGAAAAUAAAGACGAUGAUUCAGAUAAUAGUGAUUCAGAUUCGGAUGGCGAAACCAAUGGCAAUGUAAUAAAAGAACUGUCUUUAGCAAAUAGAGUCAACAAAAGCACCCGUAAAAGGAAAAAAAUGCUCGACAAAACUAAAAGAGUGGUGAAAAAAUCAAAAAAAAGUAAUAAGCCUGUGUCUUUCAAUUUUUCUGCUAUCCAUCUAAUUUAUGAUCCUCAGGGAAUGGCUGAAAAAUUAUUCCAAUUGCUGGAGAAAGUGAAUCAUCGAUUUGAAAUCAAAUUAAUGACGAUGAAUUUAAUUUCUCGACUAGUAGGCCUUCAUCAACUUUUUGUGUUCAAUUUUUAUCCUUACCUUCAAAGGUACUUACAACCACAUCAGAGAGAAGUUACUAAAAUUUUACUCUACACUGCACAAUCGGCCCACGAAUUAGUUCCACCUGAGAUAAUAUUUCCAGUUGUGAAAGGAAUUGCCAAUAAUUUCAUCACUGAACGUAACUCUUCUGAAUGUAUGUGUGUUGGAUUAAAUUCCAUCAGAGAAAUUUGCUCGCGUUGUCCUUUAGCAAUGGAUGAAGAUCUUCUUCAAGAUUUAACCGACUAUAAAUCUUACAAAAAUAAAAACGUGUCCAUGGCUGCUAAAUCGCUUAUCCAGUUAUAUCGCACUGUUAAUCCGGAACUUUUGAAAAAGAAAGAUCGAGGUAAACCUACGGAGGCAAGUCAAGAGUUCAGAGCUAAACUAUAUGGAGAGUUGGAUGCUAAAGAUUUUGUUCCAGGUGCAGAAUGUUUAAAUUCAUCUGGAGAGGAAGAUGAUUCAGAUGAAAUUGAUAAUAAAGAUGAUGACUCCGAUGGAUGGAUCGAUGUGAGUGAUGACGAAGGUGAUAUUGAAAUUGAAACCAGCGAGGAUGAGGAAGAUAAUGAAGGAGGCAAAAAGAAAAAUUUGACAGCUCAAGAAGCUAAAGAAAAAGCGAGUCAUAUCUCAACGACUAGAAUUUUAAGCGGCAAGGAAAUUGAAAAGAUUAAAGCUGCUCAAUUAGCAAAGCAAAUUAAAGCAAGUAAGCCCAAACGUUUCCAGAAAAAUGAUGAUCGUAUGCUAGCUGAAGCAGCUUUGAAAAAGAAAGAAACUGUUUCUAUUAAUGAUAUCGAAAGAUUGUAUAAAAAACCAAGAAACAACAAAGAGAGUCGAUUGUCUACCAUUAUGGAGGGCAGAGAAGAUCGAGAAAAGUUUGGCGGUCGAAAGCCCAAGAUGAAUCCUUUUGCAAGUAAAAAUGAGAAAGAGAAAAGGAAGAAUAAAGCCUUCGCUAUGAUUAAACCGAAAAUUAUCCAAAAGCAUAAAAGAUCGUUUAGAGACAAGGCAGCAGCACUCAAAAGAUCCCUUGUAAAGAAGCUGAAAAACUCUAAAUAAAUUUACAUUGAAUUGAAUGUAUCAUAAAUGA